GCACAGAUUGGCAUCGCGGUGCACGGAGCCACUGACGCUGCGAAAUCUGCUGGUGACAUAGUCCUGACAAGAGACGGUCUUUCGCCAAUCUACACAGCCAUCCAGAUCUCGAGACGUAUCUUCAAGAGGUUGAAGUCUUAUGUGAUUUAUCGCAUCUGCAUUACAGUGCAAGUGGUGUUCUUCUUGGCCGCCCUGGCCAUUUUCUUUGACCUCCGUUUCAAGGCUCUUUACAUCAUCUUGCUCGCGCUCUUCCAUGACCUGCAGAUUGUGACGAUUGCUUACGACCACCAGAUCGCAGGACACAGACCCGAGACUCCCACUGUGCUGGGACUACUGUUGCAAAGCUACUCAAUGGGCAUUCUCAUGUUUGCUCAAACGAUGUUGCUGGUGUCUUGUGGCCAUUACUUUCUCUCGGACAGAUUCGCAGACGGGUACUUCGCAAGUGUGGACGCUGCUGCGGCUGGUACCGAAAUGGACAAGUACAUGGAGACCACCAUUUUCCUGCAGAUCUCCAACUCAUCGGCAAUUCUGAUCUUCUCGGCACGCACGGUUGGAUUCUUCUUUUCGUGCAUGCCGGCAUGGCAAUUGGCAUUGUCCACUGCGCUGGGGCAGGUCCUGAUCAACAUUUGGUGCCUGUGGGCUCCCACCGGCCUGGUAGACAAGCUGGAGCCCAUGGAUGUUUUAGGCAUCUGGCUGUACGAUAUUGCUUGGCUUCUGCUUCUUGAUCUCGUGAAGAUAGUUGCUGGCCGGCUGUGGGAUAAGUACAAGCCUCCUUCUAUUGAUCGAAAUCCUGCCUUGACGGCCCGUGACCGCAACAGUCGGCGCUUGUCCAACAGCCUGCGCCCCUCAUACAUGCUGGCGCAAGUGGGAGAUCAGAAGUCGGGGGUUGAGUCACAACUUAGUCAGGUCCCCCUUCAGCAAAGGAACUCGCUUCGUUUAUCCAGGACCUACAAGAAGUAG